AUGUCAGAAAACUCCAAGCUUGUCAUUCCAAAGAGCAGCUCAAUACACAACCUUUGUCCGUUCCUCGAUAAAGAUGAUCUGCUACGCGUACGUGGUAGAACCGGAGAGUGUCGGUUCAUCAAUCAGGAGACUGUCAACCCCAUUAUCCUUCCGAAGGCUCAUCACGUCACUAGUCUAGUUGUGUCCCAUUAUCACAGGAAAUACCAUCACCAAAACCAUAAUGUCACCAUCAACGAACUGCGACAAAAGUUUAGUAUUCCCCAACUGAAGGCUACAUAUAACAAGGUCCGGCGAGACUGCCAGCAGUGCAAGAACGACUCUGCGCGGCCAGAACCGCCGGCCAUGGGGGAUUUACCCUUACCUCGAUUAGCUGCUUACGCUCGUCCUUUCACGUACAUGGGAGUGGACUACUUCGGCCCCUAUGUGAUCAUUCUGGGACGUCGUUUAGAAAAGCGGAACGUCAUGACCAGGAGAGGUGUUCCGGCGGUUAUUUACAGCGAUCACGGGACAAAUUUUCAAGGCGCCAGCAAAGAAUUAGAGGAAGCUAUGGAGAACCUGGACCGAGCGAGGUUCGAAACCGAGUUUACAACUUCUCAUACGUCCUGGAAAUUCAUCCCACCGGCUUCGCCGCAUAUGGGCGGCGCAUGGGAGCGCCUCGUGCGUAUCGUGAAGCAGAACCUUGCUAAAUUAAAACCGAGCAGGACGAUGUCUCAUGAAGUCCUGGAAAACAUGUUGACGGAGGUCAAGAAUGUGGCCAAUUCGCGCCCGAUGACCAAUCUACCGUUGGACGACGACCAGUCGCCAGUAUUAACCCCAAACCAUUUCUUUCUGGGUUCUAGCAAUGGAUUGCGAUCGUGGGUACCUUUCAGUGACAGUUCGGAAUUGUUGAAAAAUUCUUGGAAAGUUUCGCAGAGCCUGGCCAACCAGUUUUGGAGGCAAUGGCUACGAGAUUACUUGCCGUAUAUUACCCGACGCACGAAAUGGUUCACAGAUGUGGAACCGAUUAGAGUCAACGAUCUGGUUGUCAUCGUAGACCCAAAACUUCCACGGAAUACCUGGCCGAAAGGCCGCGUUAUUGGCGUCAAACAAGGACCAGAUAACCAAGUGAGGAGUGCCACCGUGCAGACUUCCCAAGGUAUUUAUGAGCGGCCCGCAGUGAAGCUCGCCGUGCUCGACGUAGGCGUUAGAACCAAUGCAGCCCUGAACGACCGCAUUCGGGGGGGUGUUGGGUACGCUACAUCAACGCCCGUCGAACACCAUAUGCCCCACUCCAGCUAUAGCUGA